UGAUGGUGGUGACAAGCGUACCACCAAACAGCUUGUAACCCCGAGUAACAUACGGGUAUAGCUGUUCCUUGCCAGUUCGUCAUUUGGGACUAAUCUUUGCAACAUUCAAUGAUAGCGCAGUCUUCCUGAUGUCUAUCUAAUAUCGGCAGUCACUUUUAGACCAGGCCGAGGCAGUUUCAUAUGAGCAACUGGCUUUCGAUGCAGCGUUCUCUUACUUGGCACGAGUGGGCCAUUUGCAGGCACACAUUUUGGCUAUGGGUUUUCCUACCAUGUCGUCAUUAUGAAGGGCCUGGCAUGUCAAUCCCCGUCCUUGCAUCGUCUACGAGCUCUCAGAUUGUUUAACUAGGUUCAGUCCCUCUUCCAGUUUGACUUUAGUUGAUGGGAAAUCCUCUGUGACUCAUCAGGUUCACAUCAUCAUCGACCACGAACGAAGAGAUCCGACCCCAGCACGCUCUAUUCUUCACAUAGCCCCUGCAUUUGCGUUAAACCAUGACCUUCUUUGAUCAUGGUGUAAGCCUAACCGAUAGGAAUGAAGCCUCCAAACAAGGAGUAUCUAUCCCAAAGGCAGCUUCCAACUUUGCUUCAUUCGAAUCUCCAUCAGUUCUGACGACUGUUUCAUUGGGGGCGCAAGAACAAGCUCUGCCCUGCACGAAAACUUCGAUACCAUGGCAAAUGCCCUUCUAUGAUGAUCUUGAUGGAGGAAUGUGCUCCGAUAGGGAUGCCGACCCCGCAAACAGGACAACUGGUGCUUCAACGCCAGACCUACGUUGGUAUUCUGCAGCACCCCAUCCGGCAGACGUGUUUGAGGAUUUGUUGCCAACCGAGAGGGCAAGUGGACCGAAGCGUCGCAGCGGUCGUCCAAGACUCUCAAACACCGACAGCAGCCCUAAUCCCUUGCGAGCAGCCGAGACAAACCCCGUUAAGGUGCGGACUCGAAAUGUACGCCGCCGUCCCUCGUACACCUCGGCAAGCGACGGCAACAAUAAGCAAGAUGCAAUCCGUGCACGCAAUCGGCAGGCAGCACACAAGUGCCGAAGGAAGAAGCAGAAGGUCAAUGAGGAUCUCCAAACCCAAGAAAUCGCCAUCAACAACAUUAAUAAGCACCUUCAAUAUGAGGUCGCCAAACUUCAAUCUGAGAUUCUCUAUUUGAAGAACAUGGUGCUACGGCACAGCGGCUGUGGGUGUCGAUCCAUCGACGAAUACAUCGCUCAGGCGGCGCAAAAUCUCGUGCAGGGGGCUCUAGCUCCCAAACCUUCACUUCUUAGCGAAGCAGCCCCACCAGUGAAGGCAGACGUCCACGCGAGCGAAAUGUCGUGGCAAGACGUAACUGAUGGACAGUGUUACGUUGGUUGGGACAUGUUGGACAGGACAACAUGCCUCUACUCAGCUUUGGCGGCGCAGUCUUCGGUUUGAUGCAUGACGAAUGCAACAUAGCUUAACCUCAGCGUGGCAACUUAUGAAGGGGUGCAGUCUGAGGACGAGGAAGCUAGAAGAGUCUCAAACGUUGCAAUACAUUGAUGAUAUGGAUAGAAGUAGGGAACUCUUAAUUGUAUUUUGUUUUUUAGUAGCGUCGUCGUCAGAAAAGGGCUGUUAGUCGACGAGAUUGCGUUCCUAUGCCAUUUAGACAAGAGAAUCUACCUGGGACAGCAUAUCAUAUGAUUCAUCCUCAAUGAUCAAAGCUGAUCAGGGUUGUUGUUGUUGUUGUUGUUGU